AUGGUUACUUCUGCGGAUAAUGCUAAAACAAGAGAUCUAUUGUUGAAAGGGAGCACACAAGAUAACUUGGUCAUUAUUCUACCUGAAAAAGAACUGUGCGAUAUUCGGGUUUGCGCCACCAGACCAACUUUAUAUUAUGCUAUUCCCAUUGACGAAGAUGUUCUCGUUACAAUCGACUUUCAAGAGUUCAGCUUCACCAGUCAAUGUGAGUUAUUGUUAAGUUUUGUUGACCCACACCCAUCUAGAAAUACUGCCUCGUGGAAGCUAUUAUCACCAGAAAGCAAGAAGCGGAUGGUAAUUCAUCCAACGGAUUAUAGUUAUAUUUCCAAGGCUUCUGUUGGCGAUCAUGCUGUUUUGAACAGUCAACAGGAUACAAGUCCAGGACAUAAACCAAUUCGUUGCUUGUACCUGUGUGUAAGUUACCUGAAUGGCUGCGGCAGCAGCUUUUUUCGCCUUGUAGUUCAUCUGAGAGAGGAGUACUAUAGUACGUGGUACUCUCAAAGCAAGCGCACACCACCGAUGCAUGCUACUUUACAAGACCAUAAUGUUCCUGCACAAGGUUUAGCGUCACAGAUGUCCUUUGCACGCGCUAGAAUGGACGAAAACUCUCAAGCGGACAGAAAUGAGAGGGCUGAGGUGAUAAAGGGAGAAAAGAGGGAUUUUAGUGAUAGUGUUCAUCGGUUGAAAAAUGCAACCGCUACAACGACCAUCACACCAAUUGAGGAUGGUUUUAGAACAAUGGAUAGUACGCAUAAAAGUGAAAAGAGUUUUGACUACCACAACACUAUUGAUAAUGUGGGUACCUACACUCAAGGUGGGAUGCAUCUUAUGUAUAGCACAUUUUAUGCUGGUGCAUGGAAAGGCCUUUAUCCACACGGCCGCGGUAUCGCAUACUACAAACUCCUAAACGGUGAGUGCAGGUCGAAGUUAUCUAGUCCCUUUACGUCACUAAACCACACCUUAUUGCAAAUGGUGCAAAAGCAGCAUAACUUGCCGUGGUCCGCAAUGACUCUCUCUCAAGAUCCUACACUAGGUGGGAUCGAUAUGGAUGAUACCUUUCUUUCUUCACUGACGAAUAUUCAAAGCAUCGAAGCAGUGGUGGCGGCGGCGAGGUCGAUCAAUCUGACCUCAACCUUCUUCAAGACCAACGAAAGCACCCCCAAGGAGGUUCCGACUGCCAAUACGGAGGCCGCGACGGUUUUUUGGGAUCUCAUCACCCUUGACCCUGAGCGCCGCAUGGAGGCCUACCAUGGUGAGUGGCAGCUUGGGCGAAAGCAUGGCCUGGGGGUUUACCAGUGGUCUGAUCGCAUCUACAUUGGGGAGUGGGUUAAGGGGCUGCGGGAUGGCUAUGGUGUAUUAUUGCGGCAGGACGGGAGUUGGUAUCGCGGGGAAUGGUCCAACGACCGACGUCACGGCCACGGCGAGUCACUACUUCUGCAGUCAGAUAGUCCACUUCUUUAUCGAGGCCAGUGGGUUAAGGGGCUACGCGAGGGCGAUGGUUCGCUGAUCUAUCCAAGCGGUGUCGUCGUGGACGGGACUUGGGAAGCCGAUGUUAUCGAUACAAACGUCCACGCACGGUAUCCCGAUGGUACGGUCUUUAAGGGUGGUUGGCAAGACGGGCUACGCCAUGGUACCGGUAUCUUUACUAACGAGCUUGGCAACGUUUACACGAAUACUUGGGAGAUGGACCGUCCGAUUGGUGCUGGCACGGUUCAGUUAGCCAACGGGGUUCGCUUUGAGGGCCAGUGGUUGGAUGAUGGCCAUGUCGAUGGUGAAUUUCACUUCCCUAAAGGUACCGUCUACACUGGAGAAUGGAAUUGGAUCCUUGGCGGGCGAGAGGGUCGUGGCCGAUGCGUGUUCCACAACGGUGACGUUUACGAAGGUGAAUGGCGCAAUGACCAGCAGCAUGGAAAGGGAAGGAUGCACUACCAUGCUACCGGAGCGGUUUACGAUGGAUCCUGGAAAUCUGGUGUGCGCUGUGGGAUGGGAAUUCUCACCGAGGGCGAUGAUGUGUAUGAGGGGGAGUUCGAACAGGAUGAGCGCAGUGGGUCCGGUACGCAAAAAUCGAAGGAUGGGUCUACUUACACGGGAGAUUGGCGCUUUAACCAUCGUGCCGGUUAUGGUGUCUUUUACGACGCUAAAGAGAGAGCUACUUAUAUAGGUGUCUUUUUGUACAAUCGUCUACAAGCCUAUGCUACUGCUGUUUUCGAGAAGUAUGGAAAGGAAAAAUACGAAGGAUCCUGGCUAGACGGCAAACAGCAAGGCAAGGGAACUUUCACCUUUGACAACGGGGACGUCCUAUGCGGUGUGUGGCAUCUUGGUAAACCACAGGAUGGCAUCGUCAAGUACACCUGCUCCGAUGGUACGCGCUACGUGGGGGAUUGGGUAGGCGGGUCUCGCUGUGGCUAUGGAACUGAGGUGAGAAAGGAUGGCAGUGUAUACGAGGGGGAAUGGGCUCAGAACAAACCCUUUGGACGCGGGCGUCUCAUCAAUCCAGAUGGUAAAGUUUUAGAAUCUUCAUGGGAAGAUGGUAAGAUUGCAAGUGGAUGUUGCAAAAUUGCAUACCCAUGCGGCAGCGUGUACUGUGGGGAUCAAAUCAACGGAAUUCCUCAUGGCGAGGGUACGCUCUCCUACCCCGAUGGAACGGUUUUUAAGGGAACAUUUCGCGAAGGUAUUUACAGUCUGUAG